GUUAAUAAAGAUAGGCAGUGUUUCUCAACCUUGACAAUUUUAAGGCAUGUGGACUUCAACUCCCAGAAUUCCACAGCCAGCCUGAGAAAGAAUCUCUGAAAUUUAUGUUUCCAACAUAUGAACUGUAUCUCUAUGUUCCCAAUUUGGCCUCUUGUUUUUCUCCCUCUGAAGUGGAAAGGGCACAAAGAGACCCAGCCUCCCAGUCUCUCGUACCGGCAUCCAGCCGCCUCCUUGGGGACAGGAAGUCGGCCAUGCCGAGUAGGUCGUUCUGAACGGAAGUGGAAGGACGGCCACAGAAACGGACAGGAAGUUGGCCAUCCCGGGGAGGUCAGUGUGUAGGACAGUGGAGAACUACUGUGCAUGUGUGACUGGAAGUCGGCAGCGUCCCAGGCAUCAUAGAGCAGCCAAGCACUGCUCAGCACAUUGUCUGAACCUCCAGGGUCGGUGUGUGGCCCGCCGCGUCCCCCAACUCUGCACAAUUGAGGUUACCGAAUAAAGUCUAAGAGCGAAGCCGGCUGUGGGAAGGCGGCCGUCAGCGAGCAAAGGCUGGGCCGGCCGGGACGCCUCCCGCUUCCCCCGCUGGACGGCUAAGCCCGAGGAAGCCGGGCGAGAGGACACCAGAGAGGCGCGCCUCCCUCGAAGCUGGACGGCGCGCGGGAGUCCAGCCGCCGCCCCCUCCGACGGGCGAGCGGGAGGGGCGAGCGGCGCGCCCUGGUCCGGCAGCCGCCUUUGGCCCCCCGCCCAGCUGAAAGGCGGCCGGGGGCGAGGCGGGGGCGGAGCCGGCUGGAGGGCGCUGCGCCUGCCGCCGCCGGCAUGGAAGAGGCAACACGAGCCGCGCCCGCCGCCCGGCCUGUCCGGAGGGGCGUCUCAGCGAGAAGGCCGGGGGCGCCUCUCCCGCCCGCCCCUUGAGGCCGGCCCGCCCGCAUGGCCCGCGCGCUGCUGGUGGUGGCUGCCGCCGCCGCCGUCCUGGCCCGGGGGGGCCGCGCCGAGUCCCCAGGUGCGGAACCCUCCCGGGGCCCGGAUCCUGGCUACGAGGACCACGAGGUGGUGUACCCGGUCAGAGUGGACGAGAGGGGCGCCUUCCUCUCCUACAACCUGUCCCACCGCCCGCUGUCCAAAAGGGCCGUCUUCUCACGGAUUCGCCCGGGGGCGUUUUACGCCCUCUUUCACCGAGGGCAGCAGCUGCGCUUCAACCUGAGCCUCAACCCUCACCUCCUGGCCCCCGGCUUUGUUACUGAAAAGCGGUAUGGAGGCAUCUCUCGGGCCCGGAUUCAAGCGUCCAGCCGGAACCCGUGUCAUAUGAUCGGGUCUGUUCAGAACGGGGACAAAGAAAGUGGGCUGGCGGCCCUCAGCACGUGCGAUGGGCUGAAAGGCGUCUUUCACCUGGCUGGCCAAGACUUCUUAAUUGAGCCACUGGCUCCCAGCAACCUGAGGGAGGGCACAGCCCAACCACACAGGAUAUCUCGACGUCAUGUUUGGGAGCACGAAGCUGAAGAGUUUAUUUCGGUCCUGAGCACGAAAGGAGCCAGGAAGCAGCCAGCUUCUGUCAGGAUGUGUGGGGUGCAAGAAUAUGCCAAUGGCUCAGAGAGGUCGAGGGAGCGUUGGGAGGAAAAGCAGCAGAGGAAGCGGCGGAUCAAGCCACGCUCGGUCAGUAAGGAGAAGUGGGUGGAGACCCUGGUGGUGGCUGACACCAAGAUGGUGGAAUACCACGGCAGCCGGCAUGUUGAGAAGUAUGUCCUGACAGUCAUGAACAUGGUGGCUGGUUUAUUCCAUGAUGCCAGCAUUGGGAACCCGGUCCACGUUUCUAUUGUGCGUCUCAUCUUUCUGGAAGAUGAAGAGGAGGAUCUGAAAAUUAGCCACCAUGCCGACAACACCUUGAGAAGUUUUUGCAAGUGGCAGAAAGCCAUCAACCCCAAGGGGGAUGCUCACCCCCUGCACCAUGAUGUCGCCAUCUUGCUCACCAGGAAGGAUCUCUGCACUGCCAUGAACCGACCAUGUGAGACAUUGGGCCUGGCCCACGUCUCUGGCAUGUGCCAACCACACCGGAGCUGCAACGUGAACGAGGACACGGGUCUUCCAUUGGCCUUCACCGUGGCCCAUGAACUGGGACACAGUUUUGGGAUUCAGCACGACGGCAGCGGCAAUGACUGUGAGCCAGUUGGGAAAAGGCCUUUCAUCAUGUCUCCGCAGCUCCUGUACGAUACUUCGCCCCUCACCUGGUCUCUCUGCAGCAGGGAAUACAUCACACGCUUCCUGGACCGGGGCUGGGGGCUUUGUCUGGAUGACCCCCCAGCCAAGGACGUGAUCGGCUUCCCCUCAGUUCCACCCGGAGUCCUCUACGAUGUCAGCCACCAGUGCCGGCUCCAGUAUGGUGCCUACUCCACCUACUGCGAUGACAUGGAUAGCGUCUGCAACACCCUCUGGUGCUCUGUGGGGAACACAUGUCACUCCAAGCUGGACGCAGCUGUCGACGGCACCAAGUGUGAUGAGAACAAGUGGUGCUUCAACGGAGAGUGUGUGAGUGUCGGGUACCGCCCAGAGUCUGUCCAUGGAGGCUGGACAGGCUGGAGCUCCUGGACGGCCUGCUCCCGGACUUGUGGGGCUGGAGUGCAGAACGCGGAGCGGCCAUGCAACAAUCCUGCCCCCAAGUAUGGUGGGCGAUACUGCCUGGGAGAACGGAAACGCUUCAGGGUCUGCAACGCACAGCCGUGUCCGGCAGGGGAGCCCUCUUUUCGGCAGAUCCAGUGCAGCCGUUUUGACCACCGGCCCUACAAAGGAAAGCUUUACAAGUGGAGCCCCGUCCCCAAUGCCAGCAACCCUUGCGAGCUGCACUGUCGGCCCGACAAGGAGUACUUUGCUGAAAAGCUUCGUGAUGCUGCCAUUGAUGGGACCCCGUGCUAUGAAGGGAGCGGCAAGCGAGACAGGUGCAUUAACGGGAUCUGUAAGAACAUUGGUUGCGACUAUGAGAUUGACUCCUAUGCUGUGGAGGACCGGUGUGGUGUGUGCCAGGGGGAUGGAUCAACCUGUCAGACAGUUAAGAAGACCUUUGAGGAGAGCGAGGGGCUGGGUUACGUUGAUGUUGGCCUGAUCCCGGCUGGAGCACGUGAGAUCCAGAUCGUGGAGGUGGCCGAAGCAGAGAACUUCCUGGCUUUGAGAAGUGAGGACCCCAAGAAAUACUUCCUGAAUGGUGGCUGGACCAUCCAGUGGAACGGCGACUACAAGGUGGCUGGGACCACCUUCACCUACAAGAGGAUGGGAAAUUGGGAAAACCUGACUUCUCCAGGGCCCACAGAAGAACCCGUUUGGAUUCAGCUCCUGUUUCAAGAGAAGAACCCGGGAGUUUGCUAUCAGUACACCAUCCAGCAGGAGUCCAGGAAUCAGAGUUCGGUUGCUCCAGCUGAGUUCUUCUGGCACUAUGGACCCUGGACAAAAUGCACAGCUACCUGUGGGACAGGGGUCCAGAGACAGAUGGUGCGUUGCCUUGAGAAAGCCGCUGGGUUUGUGGAGGAGCGGUACUGUGAUGCUCUUAGCCGGCCUGAUGACCAGCGAAGGAAUUGCAACAAGGAACCAUGUCCAGCCAGGUGGUGGGCUGGUGAGUGGCAGGCGUGUUCGGCCACCUGUGGCGACUCUGGACUGAUGAAGAGGACCGUCCUCUGCAUUCAGAGCGUGGCCUUGGAUGAGCAGCAAGCUCUACCGCCAGACAAGUGUCAACAUCUCACCAAACCAGAGACCACAGCCGCUUGCAACCGCGAAGUCCUCUGCUUGGCACCGUGGGUCACGGGCAACUGGUCAAAGUGCUCAGUGACCUGUGGGAAAGGGACCCGAAGGCGCCCCGUUUUCUGCCCCACGGACACCAGAGCCAAGUGCGAUCCAGCGGAAAGACCGGCCGCUGAGCUCGACUGCUGGGCUCCCCCCUGCUGGAGUCGGGCGGAGGGUGCUGCUCCCGACUGGUCUGGAAGUGGCUCUUCAAGCCAGGAACUGUUCAACGAAAUCGAUUUCAUCCCCAAUUAUCCUGCCCCCAAAUUUAGUCCUUCAGCUCCCAAAUCUGAAAAUGUUAUUGCAGGGGAAGUUCUCCCCCCCAACAACCAUAAGAAGGGAAAUGUGUUUGUGGAUGACUUUUAUUAUGAUUAUAAUUUUAUCAAUUUUCAUGAGGAUUUGGUUUAUGAGCUGGUUGAGGAAAAGAACAGUAGAAAGGAAGAUUUGAAGCCCAACUUUGGGGUCAAGAUUUUUCACAAGGUGGAGGCGGAUCCCCAAGAAACGCUUCCUGAUCUUUCCCCCACCACAGACCUGGAAGUCAAGCUGGCUAAUCAAGGUUCCACCUUUCCCACUGUUGGGCAGGAAUAUGAGAAGGUGCACGAUAACGUUCAGGGCAGUAGCACAACUGGCACUUUACAGGAUCCCUUUGUUACCCCAGUUGCCGCCAGCUCUUCCGCUUCAGUUCAUCGGGAAAACUUCCAGCCAUCACUUUCGGACAAUCUCCCCUCCACUAAAACAGUGAAGUCCUCUCCUUUGGAGAGCAACAACCAUGUAUUGGGUGGUGCUACUCAAGAACCUCCUUUUGCAACUACUUUUUUGAAAGACAGCACUGCAAGACCUGGUUCCUCCACCAGCUCUCCUGACUUGGAUGUAAUUACUCCAACAAUGUCUUCUGCCAAGGACAACUAUUGGAGAAGUGAAUUUGGUACUCUUAGCAGCACAGAAAAUCCUGGCGGAAGGAUGCAGGACCCUAAGUUUCCCAACCUCAGUGAUAGCAGCGAUAAUCAUUUGAUGGAAGAAACCAGCAGAAAGCAUAGAGACAGAGCCAUUGUCCUUGGUGAAGGUAAUACAGCUACUGCCUAUAGAGUGAAAGAAAAUCCGGUAAAUUCAUUUGCAACGACAACGGCAAGAAUAACUGGGCCACCCGGCCACCUCGCCCAUCAUCUCUCUCCCUCUGCUGAAGCCUCCUCGCCUGCUUCUGUUCUGGAGGCAAGCAGCCCCUCAGGAUGGGACCUUCUCCAGAAGACCCCCUCGCUGACCGCUGAGCUUCCGUCAGGGACGCCUUUCUCCACGUCUGCAUACCAGUUGUCGGGAUUCAGCAGAACGUUUCGCCAUCCAGACCCUCUGACACCACAGAUACCAACUGAAUCAAACUCUUUGGAUCGGGGCUCACCUUUUCCCAACUUUUCUCCUUCUCCAUUGCUUCCCUCAAACCAGCAGCAAAUGAAUCAGAUUAAGACAGAUUUGGACACUGAGCUUAUGCCUUCCACUGAGGACCGGGAAUUCUCCAGAGGCAGAAGUGAAAGUCCACCUCCCCAUGUGCCAAUUGCCAGCAGUAAAGGAGGGGCUGGCGGGCCUGGGGCGAGGUUUCAGGAACCAGGAGAGAAGAUGGCACCUUCUGUAGUGCCUGCUGCUGCUAUUGCAAUAGCUGCUCUCAACGCUAGCUGGGAAGCUGGAAACUGGAGUGGGUGCUCUACAACCUGUGGCCUUGGGGCUGUUUGGAGGGUUGUGCACUGCAGCACCGGAAAAGAGGACGACUGUGACUUGACUACAAAGCCCACUCCUGCCCGGCGAUGUUAUCUGAGGCCGUGUUCCAAGUGGCACAUUGGGAAAUGGAGUAAGUGCUCCAAGACCUGCGGAGGUGGUGUGAGGGUUCGGAGCAUCCACUGCAUUGAUACACGGGGUCAGCGACCUCUGCGGCCCUUUCACUGCCAAACUGCCUCAUACAAGCCUCCAAUGCAGUUGCCGUGCCACACCAAGCCCUGUCUAAGUUGGUACACCUCCACCUGGAGAGAGUGCUCUGAACUGUGUGGAGGAGGUGAGCAAGAGCGCCUGGUGACGUGUCCCGGAUUGGGGAGGUGUGACCCAGCCCUCCGGCCAAACAGUACAAGACUGUGCAACACCCAGCCCUGCACCAAGUGGAGAGUGGGAUCUUGGGGGCAGUGCACGGCCACGUGUGGCGAGGGUAUCCAGAGGAGGCAAGUGAAGUGCCUGAACACAAAAACCGGACAGGCAGAAGAAGACAGUAGCUUGUGUGAGCACGAACCGUGGCCAGAGAACAACCAGAGAUGCAAUUCCCAGGAUUGUCCUGACAGCGAAGCAGGCUUCAUCUGUGAGCGCGACCACCUCUCCUUUGGCUUCUGCCAGACCCUGCUGUGGCUGGGAAGAUGCCACCUGCCCGCAGUCAGUGUCCAGUGCUGCCAGACCUGCCACCCACAUGGCCUGCUCCAUCGGGAUCGUGGUGAUGAGCGCUCCUCCCGGAAGUGAAUGCCUCCAUGCCCAGGAAGCUCUGGUGGGCGAGAGCUGGAGAAGACCCACUUCAGCCAGUCAGCUCUUCGGUCCACAAGUGCUCAGAAACCAACCAAUAUUUUCUGCCUGGUGUGGUGCUCAAUCCUGUGGCUGAGCUGUGCUCCAGGCAGCGAGAGAAGCCUUGAGCCCACAGCAUUGGAAACAGCUGGCGGGGGCACACACAACCUGGCCCCAGGAAAGCAGCUUUUGGAAGCCACCUCAGAAAUAUCUCUGGUGCUACAGUUGGUCAUAGUCACUCAGUGUUGGCAGGCCAGCACAAAACUCCUGAGGAGUGAUUUUUUUUAAAAAAAGAAUAAAACCAACUAUUUUUAUAUUUUAUGCAAAUGAGCAUGUAGCAUUCCACAGAAUAUAAUUUGAUCAUUUGGUUGGGUUAUAACUACAAAGAUUUUUCUUGUUAUAGAUGUGAGGAGCUUCAGACAGUGAAGUUAAAUAUCCCGGUGCUGGCUGUGCAUGCAUGCACAUGCACACACACACACACACACACACAAACGGUGCUACUGCUCUUGAGACGGUCAGGUGUUUCUAGGCCACCCAGCUGUGGGCGGGUUAGUAAGUCCUCCAGCGGGGCUGGCAAUCCUGUGCCAACCUGACUUGCCAUGUGGGGCCACCUGAGACUUGCAAGCCAAAACGAUGCCUGUAACUGCUGCAGGACAGAGGCCAGUCUGCCUAAUUGCCCAGGUGAGGGACUAAAGGGAAACUUACCUGACUGGCAGCUGUUCUGCCUCCUUUCAUUGCACAACCGAGUCUCCCCAAAGCAUUGUUCACUUUCCUUUGUGAACUAAGAACACUUGAUAUCGGAUCUACAUUUUCUGCAUUUGUAAUUUCAUUGUUAGCCAUAGUGGCAAAAAUACAUUGCUUUCUUACUUGCACCCUGAAAUUGGAGAAAUGGUGCAGGAGUUUCCUUAAAAGUCUACACAGGCCACACGUCCAAACUUUGUGUAAUCUUCAGAUAACAUAAAGAAUUGCCCUGUUUUAAAGGAAGGAUGGCAUGGCUUUGCCUACUUGCCUGUUUGGGGAGAAGGCUGUGGUGGCUGCAUGGGCAGGGCUGCGCAGUAUUUGUAGCAGGCUGUGGAAGCUAUUGGCCCUGGUUUUUUCUGGGAUGUGUUUUGACUCCCCUAUCUAGGGCUAAGAGAAAGGGACUGGCCUGUAGUUAUCCAUGAACUCCAGGGCCUUAACCACGAGACUAAUUUGUCUGCUUCUGAAUACCAAAUGUCAUCCUCAUUCUAAGAUGAAAUUUCCCAAUCAACAUAUCAGAAACAUUGAAAAUUGAUUGGGAGAAAAGUAUUGUAAUACCUUUCUAAAUUUUUAAAGGCUAUAGCUCUCAAGUGUGUUAAACUGCAAUAGCAAAGUUACAUCUAAUCCUGUUGUAUUUUUGUUUUUCUGUUAAAUGUUUAAAUUGUACCCAUC